AUGGCUCCCCUCCACUUAGGCGCACUUGUCUACGACUAUCAAGCUAUAGAUGUCUUGGGCCCAACAGACCUCCUCAACUCUGCCACCAAGCCAUACAUCAAAACCCUAUCUGGCCAUUUGAAGGUCGACCAAGACACAAUCUCUCGCGCCCCAGAGUUCGUCUUUCAUCACAUCGGCAUCACUCGCGAAACCUUUGUUCUUGAAACAAGUAACAUUCCGAUUGUCCCGACUACAACCGUGGAUCAAUGCCCCGAACUUGACAUCCUUCUCCUCGGGGGUCCGGAUCCCAUGAACUUUGAGCUUCAUCCCAAGUACGCCGAGUUCAUCCAAAAGCACGUCGCAGCUGGAAAGCUUCUCUUCACCACUUGCACUGGAGCCAGCGUCGCUGCUGCAGCAGGUGUGCUUGACGGCAAGAAUGCGACAGUCAACCACGGUGCUAUUCAGCCUCUCAGACAGAAAUUUCCGAACGUCAAGUGGACUGAUGAGAAGAAAUGGAUUGUCGAAGGAAACAUUUGGACUGCGGGCGGUGCAGUUGCCGGAAUGGACAUGUUUGCGCAUUGGAUCAAGGAGAACUUUGGAAUGGAUAUCAUGAUUUUGGCUGCCUCGAUGUUGGAUUAUGAGCCGAGGGACGUUGAUGGUAUUUUGAACGUCAUUCCGAAGAGAAAAUGGUAUCAGUGCCUAUCAAGACCAUCCUAA